GUGAAAUAUCUGUCUUAUUGUUCUAUCUGCGUUAUUAUUAUUAUUUUUGACUACUUCCGGGUUUCAAUAGAAACCGCUUCCUGUUCGUGCUUUACGAUAGUCGAUUUAACAGUAACACAAUAUGUAUAUUUUACUAAACCACCAACCAACUAAAUGUUAAAACUACAAAUGACUGCUAGAAUUUGAGGCGAAUUGUGUUCUCCUCAUUGGAAGUCGCAGCUGCAGGUUUCAAAUCAACUUUGGGUUUUAAACAGCUAUACUGAUAACAGCGCUCCCCAUGUAAGACUCAAGUUACUUUGAAAGCUACUGCCACAUUAUAUUGACAGGACUUGUCUUAAGGACUCUGUGUAAUGAAGAAGCGAGGGAGACGAGCGCGGCUAACCGAUGUGGCAGCAGGACAGAGAAGCCAGACCCAGUCAGUGGCUGGGGUCAAGAAACCUGCUGGGCGACGAGAAAGACCAAAGAAUGCUGUGAAAACAACUCCACCAUCAGUUGCAUGUGAUGGAGGUUUCGAGGAUGUUGGUCCAAGUGACAGAUCUGCAAGAUUACAAUUGAGCACAACCGUGUCAGUUGUGGAGAUAGAAGGGGAGGAGCAUCCAGAGAAUAGAUCAAAGAAAUCAGGUAUGGCCAGACUCAGCACUGCAUUCUGUCGACUCUGUCAUGGAAAGUUCUCACCUCGGAGGCUGCGGCAUGCCUUUGACAAGUGGCCAGGAGAGCUGGCGGGGGUCCCUGACCAGACAGAGCCAGCCCAGUCGCCCCUGCUUUUCUACACAGACUUUCAGCGCCUAGUGGGAGUGCCACUGAACCGUGACCCACGUCUCUCACAAUUUGUCUGCAAGAACUGCCACACAAAAUUCUACAAGUGCCACACUAUCCUGCUCACAUUUCUGCAGAGGGUAAACCUCUUGCCAUCUGUGAAUGUGCCCACCAGAGACAGGAAAAGUUCAGAGUGCUCUCAAUCAACAGUGCGUCCCAGCUUGUUGUCCAUCCCAACCAUCCCCUCCGAUCCCAAGUGUCUCCACAGCCUGGUGUCCUGGGCCCACCACCAUGCAGGAGACUGCCGCUCCUGCCCUGACCUGAAAGAAGUGCUGGAGGGGCAGUGCUGGGGCUCAGUAAGGGCUGUCUGGGAGUGUGUGGCUGGACAUAGUUACAUGAUGGACACACAGACCAGAGCAAAUCCUGGACACACUGGGUGUGAUCCCCUACUGGAAGCUGAGGAGCAGCCCAGAGGGAACCGAAACCCUGUCAACACCACCAUGCCCCUGGCCAGUCCAGGUGCUACCCCACAGACUCCGAGUUCCAUCAACACUGAUGCUACUACCACUAGUGUAGAUGAAUUUCUCUUUGCUAAGGCGACACCCUGCCCUGCACCUGCCCCACUCGUGGACAGGACAGGUGAUAUUGACCUAUAUGACCGGAACAUGUCCAGUGAGGAUGAGUUGGAAGAUAAAAGGAAAAGUGGAUCCUCUGAUGAAUUAUUUGAACCAUACCCAGAAAAGAAAGUUGCCUCCCCGAAGAAGAGAACCAGAAGAAAAGAAGCAAAAACUCCCAAGGAGCCUAAAGUCAGAAAGAAGCCAGGACCCAAGCCUGGCUGGAAGAAGCCAAUCAAGUCAGAAAGAGAGGAGCUGCCCAAUAUCUACAAAUGUCCAUACCAAGGCUGCUCAGCUGUGUACCGAGGAGCAGACGGCAUGAAGAAACACAUUAAGGAACACCAUGAAGAGAUCCGUGAGCGACCCUGCCCUCACCCUGGCUGCAACAAGGUCUUCAUGAUUGACCGCUACCUGCAGCGACACGUGAAACUAAUCCACACAGAGGUGAGGAACUACAUCUGUGACCAGUGUGGUCAGACCUUCAAGCAGAGGAAGCACCUGUCUGUGCACCAGAUGCGCCACUCAGGGGUCAAGCCACUACAGUGCGAAGUGUGUGGUUUCCAGUGCCGCCAGAGAGCAUCGCUAAAGUACCACAUGACUAAACACAAGGCAGAAGCUGAUCUGGAAUUUGCAUGCAAACUGUGUGGAAAGCGCUUUGAGAAGGCCCACAACCUCAACGUCCACAUGUCCAUGGUGCAUCCCCUCACACUAGCAGCUGCUGGAGGAAACAUCGACAGCCCCUCCAACCCUGCUAUCACCAACAUAGAGACCAUCACAGAGACUGGGGCACUGAACCCUUACAGCAGUUGACCGACCUGAUUAGGCCUGUGACCCUCAAGGAGAUAUAACAACCAGAAAGUCUAACAGGGCUAGGGAACUAGAUUCAGCUGCGGGACGAUUUCUGUCAGAGAGCCAGUACAUAAUUAUAACUUUGUACAACUGCAAAUGGACCACAACUAAGGCAAAAAAAUCACUUGCGGGAUGUUUAGGCCUGCCAGCCGCCUGUUGCUGACCCCUGGUCUAUAAGGAGUCUGGUGUAAAAUGGUCAUGGCUAAUGUGACUAAUUAACUUGAGGUAGAGAAUAAGGUUAAUAAGUUAUACAUGCACUAUGUAUAGAUGACAGUACGUCUAAAAUGAGCACAGCUAGCGGAUCCUCUUUCAAAGCCAGGUAAGCUGUGUGAUACUUAUUUUAGUGUUGUACUGCUCUAUAAUUAUAUCCUUAAGGCAACAUUAUCAUGUAGCUAGCCAAGUAUAUUCUUCAUGGGAGAACAAAGAUCAAGUUUUCAAACUCCCCCAUACAUACAUUGUUCAUGAAGGAAGGCAAGUUGUCAUGAUUCAAGGAAGCCACGGGUGUGCCUGUAGCCCCAUAUAUUUCUCUCACACACACACAGUCCAUUCUGAAAGUAUUCAGACCCCUUCUCCACAUUUUGUUACUUUACAGCCUUAUUCUAAAAUGUAUUAAAUAAAUACAAAUCCUCAAUCUACACACAAU